ACGUUAAAUUAUGAUGAUUGAAAAAAAUAUAUAAAUUUGCCUUGUUGACCUUUGGGUUUUUUCAUUGAAAUUUUAUUUAAUCGAAUUUCAUUAAAGAAAAUAAAAUGGCUCUUCCAACUCGUGAAUUAGGUAAAACUGGAGUCCAGGUUCCAGUAAUUGGCCUAGGAUGUAUGGGAAUGAGUGAUUUUUUUGGAUCGUCUGAUGAAAAAGAAAACAUCAAUGUAUUGAACAAAUCGAUUGAUCUAGGAAGUUACUUUUGGGAUACUGCGGAUAUGUACGGAUGUGGUGCCAAUGAAGAACUUGUCUCCAAAGUUCUUAAAGAACGUCGUAAUGAAGUGUUUAUUUGUACAAAAUUUGGAAUUAUUCGAGGUCCUAAUGGAGAAUUUGAGGGUAUAAGAGGAGAUCGUGAAUAUAUUCAUCAAGCUUGUGAAAAAUCUUUGAAAAGACUUGGAGUAGAUUAUAUAGAUCUUUAUUACCAGAUUCGUGUAGAUAUUAAUACUCCUAUUGAAGAAACUGUUUCUGCUAUGGCAGAACUUGUUAAAGAAGGUAAAGUGAAACAUCUUGGGCUCUCGGAAUGCUCCGCGGAAACGCUUCGACGCGCUUGUAAAGUUCAUCCUAUUGCAGCUCUACAGAUUGAAUAUAGUCCAUGGACACUUGAUAUUGAACAAAAUGGAAUUAUUGACGCAUGUCGUGAAUUAGGUGUCACAAUUGUAGCUUAUAGUCCACUUGGACGUGGGUUCUUAACAGGAAAAUAUAAAUCAAUUGAUGAUUUUGAACCAGGUGAUCAUAGAAAAGUUAGUCCACGUUUCAUGGGUGAUAAUUUUGCAAAGAAUUGGAAGAUUGUAGAGAAAAUUAAUGAAUUUGCUGCGAAGAAAGGUAUCGCUCCAAGUCAACUUUGUUUGGCUUGGGUUUUAGCUCAGGGAGAUAAUAUUAUUACAAUUCCUGGUACAAAGAAAAUUAAAUAUUUAGAGGAAAAUAUUAAAGCAGUUAAUGUUCAUCUUUCUCCUGAGGAAUUAUCCGAAAUUCGUAGCAUUAUUAAUUCUAUUGAAAUUAUUGGUCUAAGAUACCCAGAAGAACAUUGCGCUUCAUUGAAUCUAUAAGAUGCAUUGGAAGAAUUACGAAAAUAAAUGAAUUCAAAUAAUAUUUUUAGUAUAUCUACAAGUUGUAUUUUCUGUUUAAUUUAUUGAAAUAAAUU